AGAAAUACACACGUGGCGAUGACCCGCUCGUCCCGCACACAGUGUAACAGCAUAAGUUGUAUUAGGAGUUCGUGAAGUAGAAUUUGAGACGCAGAGAGAGACCGGUUGGUCCGGUCAGCUAACGCUUGCUAGCACCAGAGGCUAACCAUGGCUAAUGUGGGAGUUGAGCAAGUUACUUUAGCCCGACCAGGUAAACAAAUAACGUUAGCUUAGCUGCGGGCUAACGCCUGCUAACCCAACACCGUGCGCAGCAAUGACAAAAGGGGCUGCUGCUACGCCUCUAUCCACACAAUACACAUGCUAACCGCUAGCUGCCUGCCCCGUCCAGUGCCGUAGUCCUCCGUGGCACCGCACUGGCAUUUAACGCUGGUUAGCGCUGGUUGUUGUUACAUGGUGACGCUUUGUGUUGACAAGCUGGUGGAGGUUCCUCAGCUGAGGCACUUGUCAGUCUAAAAGAGGGUAGUUUGUCCAACACUCUGAAUGAAAAGAACAACUUCCCAAGAGCGCACAACACCCGGGGACGACAUUCCUCCGUCACAAUGGAUACACCCACAAGGAGCUCAAAGAGGAGCAGAUUGUUUCGGGAGGAAGAUGAGACACCACAGCGUGUCCCCACUAGAUCCCCUCGGAGGAGCCAGAGGGUCAGCACCACACCACAGAAGUUUUCUAAUGUGGUGACACCUGAUAAAAAGGCAUCCCAGAAAAUAGGGCUGAGGUUAAGAAACCUCCUAAAGCUCCCCAAAGCUCACAAAUGGUGCAUCUAUGAGUGGUUCUAUUCCAACAUUGACAGACCUCUUUUUGAAGGGGACAAUGAAUUCUGCCUGUGUCUCAAGGAGUCUUUCCCUAACCUAAAAACAAGAAAGCUGACAAGAGUUGAGUGGGGAACAAUCAGGAGACUGAUGGGGAAACCUCGACGGUGUUCGUCCGCGUUCUUUUCUGAAGAGCGAACAGCGCUGGAGCAGAAGAGAAAGAAGAUGCGCCUGCUGCAGCAAAGAAAAAUUUCUGACGUGUCCAACUGCAAAGACCUUCCAGAUGAAAUCCCCCUGCCUCUCAUCAUAGGAACCAAAGUCACCGCCCGACUCCGAGGUGUCCAUGAUGGGUUAUUCACGGGGCAGAUUGAUGCGGUGGAUACCAGUGCAGCCACCUAUCGCGUCACCUUUGACCGCACUGGCCUGGGAACACAUACAGUGCCUGACUAUGAAGUCCUGAGCAAUGAGCCCAAUGAGACGAUGCCCAUUUCAGCCUUUGCCCAGAAGCACCGGACAACACGCUACAUGCAAAACCUCAUGACUCCACCAAGAGGGACCUACCCAACUGCUACUACCCCUGUCCUUAUGGACAAUGACACUCUUAUCAACCAAUCGCCGUGGGGGAACAAACUGCCCGGUGCAGAGGGAGAUACUCUGGGAGGGUUUCCUGUCAAGUUCCUUGUCCAAGUGACGAGACUGUCCAAAAUCCUCAUGAUCAAAAAAGAGCACAUCAAGCAGUUGAAAGAAAUGAACACAGAAGCAGAGAAGCUGAAAUCAUACUCGAUGCCUAUUGACCUGGACUUCCAGAAGCGAUAUGCAACCACAGUGCUCGAGCUGGAGCAGCUCAAUAAAGAUCUGAACAAGGUGCUGCAUGAAGUUCAGCAGUUUUGCUGUGAGCUUGCUCCGGAUCAGGGCAUGGUUCCAGCCGACCAUCCCACAGAACUGCGGAGGCGUAGUGAAGAAGAGGCCCAGCAGAUGGUGCAGCUGGGCAACUCGCUGAAGGACGGACAGCCGAGCGUGACGAGCCCCAGCCUCACACACCUCAUCUCCCGCCUCACUGCUCUGCUCCUACAGAUCAAGUGUCUGGCAGAUGGAGGAGACCUGAAUUCAUUUGAGUUUAAAUCGCUAACAGACUCCCUGAAUGACAUUAAGGCAUCAAUUGAUCCAACCAACCUCAGUUGCUUCCAGAAUAACGUUGAGAUCCACGUGGCACACAUCCAGAGUGGCCUUAGUCAACUGGGCAACCUGCAUGCAUUUUCUGCCAACAACACCAAUGCAGUCUGAGUACUGGCAUCAUCCUUACCCAACGCAGGUGCACACACACAAACAAGGUGUGGUCCAUGAGUUCUGUCUUUUGAGGUGGAGUCUGCUAACAAAAGCCUGUGCAGGGUGAUGUGGACCCCCCCACACAGUUAGAAAUUGGAUGCCCCAGUGAAACAACUCUGUCCAGGUUCCUGAAGCUUCGCUAAAGAACAGGAGGAUGUCAUGAGUGUUUUACCCACCCGUUUUUAUUGUAUGAAAAUGUUUGUGCGCCCAAUUGAUCACAAACCUGAAAGUCUUUCAUUCAUCUCUCGCCACAAAUCCAUUUCUCCAUACUCUGCGGUUAUUUAUUGGUUUCAUGUGCCAAACAUUGAUUCUUACAGUUUUUAUCCAUAUUUAUUUAUUUUUGACGAGGUGUGUAUGGUUAUGAAACAAUAUUUUGUUAUCUCUAAAAGUUUCCCCGCUGUUAUGUGUUGUGUACUGUUGCUCCACUGAUGGUAAGCACAGGGGAGGCUAAAGAAUGUUUUAUAAAAUUUGUUUAUUGUAGAUAAUUGUACAAUAUCUCUGAUUCUUAGGACUGUUGUCAAUAUUUCUGUGUAUUCAGAAAUGACUUUUGUAAUUUUGUGUGCACUGAAAAGAGAUUUUGGUAUUUUUAUAAAGGAGAACUUUGGGGUUUUGAUGCCUUUUACUCACUUAUACGAGCUUAGCGUUUCCACAUUCGGCAUGGCUGUUGCUGCAACCCCCCCUACCCUCACACACACACACACACAAACACACACAGAGCCUGCUUCACCGAUGUAACCCUGAAAAUGGAAGUCGACAGAUUUUCCUAGAGAACGUCCUUUUUCAGUUUUGUACAGUUGUAUAUGAGAGUGCCUCAGGGCAAUUGUAUAUAAAUGUUUCUUUUUAUAUUAAACAUAAUAUUGCAAAGCA